AUGGUGUUGGUAGGUGUGAAGGUAAACUCUGAUGUUGUUCUGUUUUCUCCUAGUGGGGUGGGUUUUGGUGGAGUAAUGCGGGAUGUUGUGGGUGAUGUGGUGGCCUCGACUUAUCUUAAAGUUGAGGGCAGUUUUGAGGUGGAUGUAGCGGAAGCGCUUGCUAUGAGGCAUGCUUCAAACAUCUCAAUUGAGGCUGGUUUCCGAAAUGUUUGCUUAGAAACCGAUUCUUUGAAGUUGCAUAAUCACCUUGUGAAGGGUUUAGCUCCCUGUCAUGCCUUUUGGAAGAUAGUGAAUGAUAUCCUACGGCUCACUUUUUCAUGUCAGUCUUGCUCAUUUUCUUUUGUGAGGAGAACUGGUAACCGUGUAGCUCAUUGUCUUGCCAAAUUGUGCAUGUAA